UCAAGUGGAAUUAAGUAAGAAAUAAACAAAAUUCAUAAUUAAGUUAGAAUGCAAGCUUCAACUUAGAUAUACAUACUGUUGAAUCGCCUUCUGAUUCCAAGUAUAUGUUGAUCAUUUCUUUGUCAUCUGGAAUUCAAUAGUGACCUAAUUUAUAAUUAAAGCAACCAGAGUAAGGUGUACGUUACAACCAUGGAAUAUCAAUUCAACAUAGAUGAUGGUCUUUUAAGAAGGAGUAUUGAAUUACUUAGAAUUAGUCUCCAAGAUACAAAUCAUGAUUAUUUGAGCUUUGAAAAGAUUCCUACUUAUAGAGAAAAACGUCGGAAUAAUGAGGUAGAUUUUGUUUCUGAUGAAGAUUCCAAAAAUGAAGAUUUUAAAGGUUUACGAAAAGAGAUAGCACUUCGCUUACGCUACUUUCAUCAUUAUGUUGGUAAUGCAGGCAUUUCUCAGGCAAAUAGAGAGUAUCAUGAAGUGACUUUGGAGACAGACGAUGUUUUAGAAUUUCUUCAAAAGUAUAUAGUAUCUUGUGCAAGAAGAUAUCUUCAUGAUUCUGGCACUGAUGAUCAAAGAACCCUCGACCAGUUUGGUUAUGACGUGGAAAAAAUUUUCAAUUAUUCUCAACUAUUUGUCGUACCUUUUCCACCUCCCAUUUAUCUAGUGCCACACAAAGAAGACAACUUGAGACCAACAAAGAGGCAAAAAGGCACAUCUGACGCUUCACACCAUAGCGUUUCGUUCACACGUACCAGAGGGUUUUUCGAAUCAUUUCGUCAAAUACAAGCUGAUGUGAUUGAUGAAAAUGAAGACAUGCAACAAGUAAAACUACGCUUUGUAAGACAAUGUGGACCAAUCCAAACUGAUUACUCUCCUGAACUGAUUUAUGACAAGUCGGGUAUAAGCACAAUUGUGUACAAUGGUAUCUUGCAACCUGUGAGGCGUUUAUUACAGCGUGACUUCCAUGGGAUACACCUAAUGCCAGACUUCUACAAUAACAGCAUGUCGAUUCCUGAUUAUUGUUUUAUAGUUAAGAUUGGAAAUUCCAAAUUUAAUAUUCCAAUUGAAUUAAAGUUAUCAGGUGUAUAUAACUCCUUUGAAAAAAAGGAUUCUAGCUUUUCAUAUUUAAUAAAUGAAUCCAUGUAUCAGAUGCUAGAAUUCAAAUCUUCAAUGGGGUAUGUGUUUGAUAAAGAAUGUAUUAUGAUUAUAAAAUUGAUUAAUAAUGAAAUGUCUGAAUUUGCAGUUGAAGAAUCAAGUCAUAUUCGGAUAGCCAGAGUGAAAUGCAAUAUUCAAUGUAUUAGAUACAACGAUUUAAAUCCUGCAUUAAUGUUUUACAAACUGAUAUUAAAUUAUCUUCUAUAUGUCACUAAAGAUGAUAAAAAUCGAGUUGAAUCCAUAUUUAACUCCAUAAAAUAGACUUCUGAUGAUAAGAGAUAUGUGGUUACAAUGUGGUUUUAGGAGAUAAGAAAGGCUCACUAAAUACAACGAAUACAGUCCAAGAUUGCAGAACUAAAUUCGAUAUAUAUUUGCAACUAAAAUAAAAUAAAUAGUUAUGACUGAGACAGUAAUGGUCUAUUCUUUCACUAUAUAAAAACUUGCCUCCUUUCUGAUCUAAUAUACACGAUCUUGGAAUAUCAAUAAACAUAAAAUUACAUCGCAUUAUAGUCCGUGUUAUAAUUUCAGUAUAAUUUAUCGGUUUUUAAUAAGUUUUAUGCAAAGAAAACUUCAAAAUCAGCCAAAAAACUAGAAUUAAGAAAUAUUUCGCUGCAAAAAAUUUUUGAUAAAAAAAAAAAGUUAUACUAUCUUGUGAUUCCUAAAUGUAAAUGACGCUGCUUGAUCAUUUAUUUGUCAUCUGAAAUUUAAUAGUGAC